AUGGCGGUUAAGAAAGUCUCAAAAGCUGGGAAGGAUUCAGACAGCGGUGACGAUGACAUGGAAGUUCUUAAUCGAGACACUGACGACGAAAAUGAAAUAGAAAUCCUUGAUGUUGCUCCUGCCGUUAAUAAAGAUCAGUCUCCAAUCCAGAAUGACGAACCUUGCAUGGACAACUUCGAGCCACCAAUUCACACCGGAAACAAUGGUCCUGAACUUUCUGACUUCCAAGAAGCUGAAAUCGAAUCUAGAAAUCAGGGCAACGAUUUAGUCAAUUACUAUGAUCUUUCAAUUGACGACGAAACAUCUGAUGAUGAUAGCGAUGAUUCAGAAGACGAGGACGAACCAUUUCAAGAUUUUUGGCCAAUCUUUGCGGGUGAUGUCACUGCCUCUGCUAUCCCUGAAUCUGUUAAGCACCGUCAGUUGAAGUCUGGACAGAAGGCAUAUCAACAACCGGUAGCAAACCCAAGCUCUUCUUCUCAAAAACUUGUCCCAGCUGCUAUUCCCAAACAGACUAAACACGACAGAAGAAAGCGACACAUCCAAGCUCUCGGAGAAAACAAUACAAUGAUGCAAAAUUAUCUUAUAAAAUCAAAGCCAAUCCAAUCACCAACACCCGACUUGGCCAUUGAUCCCAAUCUCGCAUCUGCCACAUUGACUGAUACUGCUACUGUUGAUCCAAAUCAAGUCAACCCUCAGGUUGCAUGUGAUUUGAUUGAUGCCCGACUCGCUCACUUAUUAGAACAAAGACUUGCUGCUCCACCAAAACCUCCAACUCUCACCAAAUCUGAAAAAGCAAAAGCCCGAUGGGAAGCUCUCAACUCAGCACUCAACACAGCUACUUUACGAUACCGAGAGAAGGAAAAGAAAGACAAGAACUUCAAGUUUCCUCAAUCAAUGAUGAACAACAUCUACCAGUUCAACAAUCUCCGACUUAAGCAUUCUUUGCUUGGAACCCCUUCUCCGAGCAACACAGCUUCCCUUGAAGCUGCCCAGUCAGCCCUUAACCAGCGUUCUUUGACCAAAUCUCCCCCCGAUCCAAGAAGUGGAUUGUAUCUCUCUCGUUCCAUUCGAAAGGAGGCGAAGCAUAUUCUCAACAACCAACACCUCUCAGGGGUCAAGAGAGGCAACCGGAAGACUCAUCGGUCACUACUUGACAACAUCGAACUACGAAAGGUAACUCCAAUCACGUUCCGAAACCAUGUCAUCAAUAAUCGCAGCAGCCGCAGUCGCAGCGCUGCCACUCGUUGGAUGAUCAAGCUUGGAUAUCGCCCUCAAGAAUAUCGGAAGUGCCUGUACUUUGAUGGGCAUGAACGACCAGAUGUAGUUGAGGCCAGGAAGAAGUUUAUAGAGGACUUUGACUCUUAUCGAAAACGAUCCAGGAUAUAUGGCGGAGAUGAUCUUGACGUUGCUCCUCUAGUCAGUCCUGAAGUACUAGGCGAUGACAAGGAAACAGUCUUUGUCUACCACGAUGAGUCAACAAUUCACGCCAAAGAGAAGCCGAAAUCGACAUGGUUGCUCCCUGGUAGCAGUGAAAUUCGGUCUAAGAAUGCUGGGCGACUGAUUCACAUCUCCGACUUCAUCCUGGAGACCACAGGAAGAUUAACAAUAUCCAAUGAACAGCAAAAAGAAAGACAAAUUGAAUCGAAUGAUGCCGCCACUAUCAUAUACCCUGGUUCUAACGGGGAUAAAUGGUGGGAUAUGGAGCAACUCUGCCAACAGGUCUCCAAUAAAGCCAUCCCAAUCUUUGAGGCCCUCCAUCCGAAUUCGCAGGCAGUUUUUGUUUUUGACUGCUCAUCUGCACACGGUGCCUUUUCCAAAACAGCAUUGAGAGUUCAGAACAUGAAUCUCAACCCUGGUGGCAAGCAAUCUCGGCUCCGAGACUCCAUCAUUCCCUCUGACGACCCAUUAAUCCCACAACAUCUGUGUGGUCUUCCUCAAAGGUUUUGCUUUGAUCCCUCACACCCCAAUCCUAAACGAGCUGGACAACCCAAAGGCAUUCAAGUUAUCUUGGAAGAGCGCGGACUUUGGGCUCACUACACUUCUUUACGAAUCAAAGAGGGAAAACCUGCGAUGAAGCUGCACUGUGUCACCUGUAAACAAUCAAAUCUACAAAAAGAUGCUUUGAACCGCUCGGCAAAACUGAUCCAACAGGCUGAAGGGUCUGGCUACUUCUUGACUCCGGAACAAUGUAUCACAGAGCUCCUCGAUGCCGAAGGUCAACCCCCUGACAACGAAUGUGGUCAAUCAGAUCCAAAUGAAGAUAAAAGCUGUUGCUGGUCUAAAAUACUAUCCAAACAGUCCGACUUCAUGAACGAACGACCCAUGCUCCAGACAAUCAUUGAAGACGCUGGGCAUGUUUGUCUCUUCUUACCAAAGUUCCACUGCGAACUAAACCCUAUUGAGCUCUUCUGGUCGUUCAUCAAAGAAUCCUAUAGAAAACAAUCUCACACCUCGGUAUCAUUCCCUGCCGCCAAGGCUCUCUUUGAGCAACUUUCUGUGUAUCGACAAGGAUACAACGGUGCACAGUCUCAGGUGUUAAUGAAGAAGUACAGCUCGCAUCGUUGUAUCCCUCGAAGAGCUGCCAUGGACAUUGAUGUCAUCAACGCUUAA